ACAAAUUAGAGCAACUCCCAGCGAAUGAGGAGAGAGCACUAUGUGGACUAUUCUAGGAGCGACUCCAGUGCGUGUCGGGACGACUUUGCGCAAAUGAAGAGAUAGCGUCGUGCAGGGUAUGCUCGAACUCUCGCUCUUUUCAUGUCUGCUACGCUUCGGGAAACGUUUGAUUCUGGCACCAAGUAUAAAUAGAGCCGUCAUUAGGUUCAUGCGGAAAUUUCAACUAGGCACACAACCAAACUCCCAUCAAUUAUUUGGGCAUAUACUACUCGUAGCUCCACCAUCAUCUACAUCAGCCGAUUCCGAACCUUUUGCCAGAUUAAGAAUUGACCGAGCACACGUAUUGUCGCUCGGUCUGUAUCUGUGACAAUGACCGAAACCAGGGCGCAGAAAUGGUGGAAGGAGGGUAUCGUCUAUCAAAUAUACCCAGCCAGCUUCAUGGACUAUGAUGGGGAUGGGCUGGGUGACAUACGCGGCAUCAUUUCCAAGCUCGACUACAUCAAAUCGCUCGGUGCCACCACCGUUUGGAUAUGUCCCCACUACGACAGUCCGCAGAUUGACCUAGGCUACGACAUCUCAAAUUAUGAGUCAGUCUACCCGCCUUACGGAACUCUGGACGACAUGGACGCCCUGAUAAACGGAUGUCAUGCACGCGGAUUGAAGAUCAUCGUUGAUCUUGUCAUCAACCACACCUCGCAUCUGCACAAAUGGUUCCAAGAAUCCCGGUCGUCCAAGACGAGCCCCAAGAGGGAUUGGUACAUAUGGCGGCCCGCAAAAUACGACGCACAAGGCAACCGCAAGCCGCCAAACAACUGGCGUUCAAACUUCAGCACUUGCGCCUGGACGUGGGACGAGACCACGCAGGAGUACUACCUGCAUCUCUUCUGCCCGGAGCAGCCUGACCUGAACUGGGAGAAUUCGGACACCAGGAAAGCCAUCUACGCCUCUGCCAUGGAGUUUUGGCUGAAACGUGGAGUGGACGGUUUUCGCGUCGACACAGUCAACAUGUACAGCAAGCCAAAGGACCUGCCUGACGCGCCGGUCAUUGACCUAAAGUCAGAGCAUCAGGUCGCAGGUAGCCUGUACUGCAAUGGGCCCAGGAUGCAGGAGUACCUGUCCGAGAUGAACAAGGUCUUGGCGCCCUAUGACACGAUGACUGUCGGCGAGUGUCCAUGCACACCUGAUCACUCUAGAGUCUUGCAAUAUAUCUCGGCGGCCGCAAAGCAAUUGGACAUGGUCUUUCAGUUCGACGUCGUGGACGUUGGAAUGGGGACAGAGACCAAAUAUGACACGGCGCCCUUCAAUUGGAAGCUCCCAGAUCUUAAAAGGGCCAUCUAUAGCAGUCAGAAGAUGAUCAUCGGCACGGAUGCAUGGACGACAGCAUUCAUGGAGAACCACGACCAGGCGAGAUCAAUCAGCCGUUUCGCAUCUGAUGCCCCAGAGCACCGUGUGUCAUCUGGAAAGAUGCUUGCGAUGUUGAAUACCACAUUGUCUGGCACCCUCUUCGUCUACCAAGGUCAAGAGAUCGGUAUGAUCAACAUGCCGAAAGAGUGGCCGAUCGAAGAGUACAAGGAUGUCGAGUCGACCAACUACUACAAGUCCGUUGCGAAGGCGACAAAUAACAACCCAGAAGCUCUCGCCAAGGCCAAGGUGACUUUGCAACAUCUUUGCCGGGACAAUGCGCGAUACCCCAUGUCUUGGGAUUCCUCGGCACAGGGCGGAUUCUCGACCAAUCCCCAAACCUGGAUGCGUGUGCACGAUCUAGCCCAUGAAAUCAAUGUUGCGCAGCAGGAAGCUGAUGACAGGAGUGUGCUGGCAUUCUGGAAGAAAAUGCUAGAAACUCGCAAGGAUUAUGCGGAAAUACUAGUCCAUGGCUAUUAUGAAGUCAUCGAUGAAGAAGACGGGCAAUUGUACUCGUACUGGAAGACGAACGGAGCCGAUAAAGCUCUGGUAGUACUCAACUUUACACAGAAAAAGCAGGCAUGGCGUUUACCAUUGACUGAGUCGGGUGCGCAACUGAUUUUGGUCAUGUCGACACAUGACCAUCCUGAUGACGAAAACCUGGAGGGAUAUGAAGGACGCUUGUACUUGUUGAACUCUACAGCAUAGAAUUUGAAUACUGAGAAGCGUAGAUAGAUCAUAGAAGAGACAAAAAGAUCGACUGGUAUAGUAAUACACUUUUCCGUAACCUGAAUUCACACAUCUUUUUUUUUUCUUUU